AUGUCGUAUAUUGCUGCGUCUGCACAGGCAGUCAAAUCUCGCAAUCCCGGAGAUGUCCAGGAGGCAUAUAUUGAGCAGAAAGAUAGACUGCUCAAUGCUAUUGAUUCGACAAAAUCCAUUCUGGGCGACCUCAGGGACUUCAGCAAGAACUCAUGGGUCGUUCGCUAUCCCCAGUUGCAGGAGCAACCGCAUGAAGGAGAGCCUUCGCGGCGCAAGAGCUGCAAGGGCAUGCGGCGCUCGCUAUCCUUCCCCGACGACCCCAACUUCCAGGCCGACGUCGUCAUAAACACCACUGGCGCGGGCACGGCACGCUCGGUCACUCUAGCGUCUAUCGCUGACGCAGAGGCGGAGCCUGAGACAGCUGAGGACGAGGACGACCAUGCUGCCGACUCCGCCGACUUCCAUGUCUUCCGGCUCGAUCUCAAGCUCGGUGCACAUGGUUCCUCCAGCUCGCCUGCCACCCUCGUGUCGCAGCUAGAGAAGUCGUCGAUUGCAAACCUUUUGGACGAGCGGAUCAGCACCGCAGUCAACCACAUGGACAGGCUGCGUCUGCGUGUCGAAGACACCUCUUCGAAGGUUCUUGUCACGGGCGACCUGAAUGCGGGCAAGUCGACAUUUGUGAACGCGCUGCUACGUCGGGAGAUAAUGCCGAUCGACCAGCAACCGUGCACGACUGCCUUUUGCGAGGUCCACGAUUCAGUGGCGGAGAACGGCGGAAAGGAGGAGGUGCACGUUCUCAAGCAGGGCGUGUCAUAUUCUAUUGACGACGAGUCGACGUUCACUCGUGCGAGCCUCUCCGACCUCGAGACGAUAAUAUCGGAGAACGAGGACGAGCACCAGAUAUUGAAGAUCUACCUCUCUGAUACUCGAGACCCUGCCAGCUCUCUCCUUAGCAACGGCAUCGUUAACAUCUCCCUCAUUGAUGCACCCGGCCUGAAUCGUGAUCUCGUGAAUACCACGGCCGUGUUUGCCCGUCAAGAAGAGAUCGAUGUUGUGGUCUUCGUCGUGUCUGCGGAAAACCACUUCACACUCUCCGCGAAGGAGUUCCUGACGACUGCUAGCAAGGAGAAGGCGUACAUAUUCAUCGUGGUGAACAAGUACGAGCAAAUCCGUGACAAGGCCAAGUGCCGUCGGCUCGUGUUGGAGCAAAUCAAACAGCUCAGCCCUGCGACGUACAAAGAUGCCGAGGACUUGGUUCACUUUGUCGACUCGCAUGCAGCGGCAGAGAACGGCACGCCCGCCUUCGACAACCUCGAGUCGUCUCUCCGUUCGUUCGUGCUCGUCAAGCGCUCUAAGUCCAAGCUGGCGCCUGCGUCCACCUACCUACACCAUAUUCUGUCCGACGUGGAUCUCCUCGUCGGGGCGAAUGCGAUCGUUGCCGAGACAGAGCUUGAACGGGCACGGGAAGACCUCAAUCGGGCAGGUCCCGUUUUGGACAAGAUGAAGAAUGGACGAGAGAAGCUUGAAGAUGGCCUCGAGAUGGUGGAAGAAGAGGGAGUGGCGACCACGCUUAAGCGCACCAAGGAGUUCCUCACUGAUGCCCUCGAGCGCGUGGGACAAGGCCAACUAGGCGUUGACCAGCUCUCGCUAAGUAUGCCUUCCUACCCGGGUCUUCUCGGCAUUUGGGACUACGUGAAGGACGUUAGACGUGUUCUGCUUACUAGCCUCGACGUAGCUGUCAAGGUGGCGGAGGAUGAGGCGCGCCUCACGACUGUCGACGGUGUGAACCGCAUUGGAGCGCUUGCCGACGAACACCUUCCUGAAGGCGUUGAGCGCAAGCGACGAGUGUUCAUGCCCGAGGCUAUGUUCCGCCCUGACAAGACUGGGCGAAGGAAGACCCGGCGGAUGUCCAGUGGUGCUAUCGUCGCCGGUGGCACGUACGGGCUGGGUAUCGGCCUUGCACAGCGCUCGGAUAUGCUCGAGGCGACAUUCCUUGACAUUUUCGACGUGCACAACUACUUCUGGGUGCAGUUCGGUGACGGCAAAUUGGAGAAGGUCGAGGGAGAGCAAGCGGUCACUGCGCUCGGCGUUGCGUCCGUAGGUGUCGGGGCGCUUACAAUGGUGGGCGGCAAAGUACUCGGUGCGCGCGGCCUCGUCGAGGGUGUCAUUCGCCUUUGCGAUCUGUGGGAGAAUGAGACUGCACGCAAGUGGGCGGCUCCUGUGCUAGGUGCUGCUACAAUCGGAUUGGGUGUCUACUUCGUCCUCGAGCUCCCUAGCACCAUCCCACGCACCGUUGGCCGCCGCAUCAAAGCGUCGCUGGUCCAGGAUGGCGAGAAGGGCGAGGAAAGUACAUUCGUGGGCGCCCACGCGCUGCGAGUUAGUCGGGAGACACGCAAAGUCCUGCGACUCGCGUCGUGGGACGUCAAGGAACUCUUCCGCGCCGCUAUGGACGUGAAGAGCCGCGAGGUACAGGGCGCGGAGGAAAUGAAACGCAAGGCGGGGAAGGCGGUGGAGCAGUACGCUACCAUCGAACGCCGUACCGGCGAGGUGCGCAAGCUCGUCUUGGCCGACCCCGCGUGAAGAAGCGGCUUUCACGAUUAAUUCGCCCUUGUGCUUAUGAUGGCUUGUUCUUGUAUGAUCCUCACGACUUCAUCCUUCGGCCGACAGUCGCAGACUCGGGCAACACGCUCCUUACCACGGCGAUGGGGCGGUACGCCUUUCAUCCGUGAUUUUACUUUAUCAUCAUGUCCUUGUUACUUGUUAUACUUGCUCUUCCCCAGGAUACGGAGUCGAGCCAUGUAGAUUUAGCUCACCACUUAAUCGUACAUGUUUGGAUCCUUUAAAGCUCCUUA